AGUACAAGCGGAGUCUGCAGUGCACACUCACACUGUUAAAGCAAUACACAGAACACCAGGGCUCGAAAAACAUGAGGGAGGAGAGAGGGAGCGUCGAGCGCCGGAUGACACAACCACGCGGUAACGAAGUUAUUUUAAUUAAGCGCCUGCUAUUUCUGCUUUUCUGCUCAUAUCCUGCCUUUUCCCUGCCGCGCUCGCUGCCUGUGCUGUCUCUCCCCUGUUCUGGAGCGGUCACCUUGUGAUGAUGUGUGCACAGCCCGCCUCUUCCCAGCUGAUGCUCGCGGUGUGUCAGUCUCGAGUCCGAAAGGAAGAGAGUUCGUAGAGGGGGAGAGAAAACAAGAGGCUUAAACACCCAUGGGUGGGUGUGUGGGCACUCACCAUGACUCCUCGGGCAGUUUAAACGAAAAUUCAGACGGAACUGGAGUGGCUCUGGGCCGGAAUCAGCCCCUGAAGAAGGACAAGCCCAAAUGGAAGAGUGAUUACCCGAUGACAGAUGGGCAGCUCCGCAGCAAACGGGAUGAGUUCUGGGACACGGCGCCCGCCUUCGAGGGGCGCAAGGAGAUCUGGGACGCCCUCAAGGCCGCGGCCCACGCUUUCGAAAGCAACGAUCAUGAGCUGGCCCAGGCCAUCAUCGACGGCGCGAGUAUAACUUUACCGCACGGCGCCCUGACCGAGUGCUACGAUGAGCUUGGCAACAGAUACCAGCUCCCCGUCUACUGCCUGGCGCCGCCCGUCAACAUGAUCGAGGAGAAGAGCGAUUUGGAGAUCCUGGACGUGCCGGACCCGCCGCCCAAUUCCGGGCACGAGUGUCAGCUGCGGUUGCGGCUCUCCACGGGCAAGGACCUGAGGCUGACGGUGCGGAGCACGGACACGGUGCACCACAUGAAGAGGCGGCUCCAUGCAGAAGAGAGCGUCGCCCCGGCCAGCCAGCGCUGGUUCUUCUCCGGCCGGCCGCUGACGGACAAAAUGAAACUUGAAGAACUAAAGAUUCCCAAGGAUUACGUGGUGCAGGUCAUUGUCAGUCAACCGCUGCAAAAUCCCACACCUGUGGAGAACUAAAAAAAAACUUUAUACUAAUAAGUAUCUGUGCUUUUCUGGCUUUUGUAUUUUUUUUUUCUUUUCUGUUUUUCUCCCUUUUAAACUUCUGCUCCCGUUCCAACAUUCGGAACGAGAGGUCGCGGCCGACGAGCCGGCUGCGACGAAGAGGCUCGCCGGCAGGUGGCGUCGCAGCGCGAUGACGUCGGAGCCGACAGGAUGGCCGCCUGGAAAUGCCGCAGGCGGUUUUGUCGUCGUCGCGGCCUUUUGUUUUCGUUUUUUCACUGUUGGCUUUUAAAGUCUUGUCGUUUUCCUUUUCUUUUAAGAAAAACGAGCAACCAAAAAUAUGAAUCACAGAAAAACAAAAUCGUCAGAUGAACAGAUAAGAUCCUCCGGGGGGAAAAGAGGUUUUCACUGCCUUAAUUUUUUCUCCCACAGCUCUUUGGCUGCUGAUUCUGUAGUAUUCAGUGCUGGGGUUAUGGGUUUGUUUAAAGGCGCUAAAACAGACAUAUUUAUCCAGAAGCCACUGUUUUAUGUUUAUUACUGAGUCAUCAAGUCAAGUUUUUCAUGCCUGCCUAUUUUCUAACGCAUAUAAUGUUUACGACGCACAACAAAAACAAAACAAUCACAAGCCAGAGGAUUUGUAUCUCUAUAUUUCCACAAAACUAACAAGAGACACAGGCCGAAAUAUAAUUAUUUUAUGCAACUCCUUAGAAGUUCACAAAGAAUAAACUGGUGGGCUAUCUCAUCCCAGGUGAACGUUUCAGUGAAAUAGGUGAAAUAGGAGCAAUUCUGAAAUUCCCUUUUCUUUGAGAAAAAAAAAUAGUAUUACAGCAAAACUAGUUAUUCACAUCGAAAAUAACUGCACCUUCAUUAUGGGAUUAGAACACGGCCACCAUCCCAGCCAAUACAAUUUCUGCACUCUAAAUAUUAUUUUGAGUAAUUUUAUCCAGGCCCUGACAGAUGCUUUUUUAGAUCUUCUGAUUUCACUAGCAGAGAAGUGUACUUUCAUUCCUCUUCCACCAAUAAAAAUUGUUUAUGGCA